AUGGAUCCUUCGGGCGUAUAUCCAAGCGGCGACGCCACCCUUCCAGAAUGCCAACCAACGCCUAUUCCAACAACUGGAACGUCCCGAAGCAGAAAUGGCAGCAAUGAAGAGAUGAGAGUGAUGCUAGAGCGUAAGCUAGAGCGUAGGCUACACGAGCGAAAUCAACGAGGAUGGCGGAAAAUUGUCCUACACUUCACACCCUCGUGGUUCUCAGUCAUUAUGGGCACGGGAAUUGUCUCCAUUCUCCUCCAUAACCUCCCAUACAACGGCGCCUGGCUGCGCUGGGUGUCUAUCUCGAUCUUCGCCCUCAAUGUACUGCUCUUCCUGACGUUCACCACCAUCUCAGUGGCCAGGUACACAGUAUAUCGCGGGAUAGUCUUCGCCAUGUUGCGACAUCCGGUCCAGAGUCUGUUCCUGGGCACAUUUCCCAUGGGUCUAGCCACACUCAUCAACAUGGCUUGUUACGUCUGUGUCCCCACGGGGGGAGACUGGGUGGUUGACUUCAUCUGGGCCAUCUGGUGGAUCGACGUGGUCGUCUCUGUCAUGUGCUGUAUGUUCCUCCCAUUCGCCAUAAUGCAAAUCCACCCAGCAGACAGCACCAAGCCGAAACUGCAGACCAUGACAGCUGUGUGGUUGCUACCCGUCGUUAGCACAAUCGUCGCAUCUGCGUCGGGAGCAAUUGUAGCUAAAGCACUGGAAUCUCAAGGUCGAUACGCACACAGUCUGUGGACUUUGAUCACAUCCUACUGCAUUCUUGGUACGGGUCUGCCUCUAGCCAUGGUGAUUUUGGUCAUGCACUUCCACCGACUGACUGUACAUCGCCUCCCAACGCGGGAGGUUAUUGUCUCGGUCUUCUUGCCUCUCGGUCCAUUGGGCCAGGGCGGGUUUGCCAUUGUACAACUGGGCCGGAUGGCUCGAGAAUUGUUCCCCAAAAUCCCGAGUGUUCUGAAUAGCUUGGGAGAUCAAGCAGGGGGGGCAUUUCACACAUUUGGUUGGUGGGGAUUUACCUUCCCUCUAGGUGUAUACUCGGUCUUGACAACGACGAUUUCCGAGGAGUUGCCUAGCAGGUUUUUCAAAGUUCUUGGAACAGUUUUAUCACUCUCCGUAAUAUGUCUAUGGGCCAUGGUUGCCGUUAAGACGGCGAUUGCUAGUAUUAAAGGGACUAUGUUCCUCGCCCCUUGCGCAGAAGAGUUCGAGAAGCAGUGGAUUCGCAAAGAGAUCGAGGUAAAUCGCUCCAAAGACGAAAAAGGGACUGUGUCGUUCGCAAGUGCGGCUAAAUCCGUAUAG